AUGGAUACGAGUCUACUUGACAGUCUCCUCGAUAUUGAAGAGCAAUUCUACAAUGAAGGCUAUAAUCUGGGCAUGACCGACGGAGCCGCAGCGGGCUAUACCGAAGGCAGUGUCUUUGCGGUCGAGAAGGGCUACGAGAAAUUUGUGGAGAUGGGCCGCUUGUAUGGCAAAGCCCUCGUCUGGUCUCAAAGGCUAGCUGAUUCCAAUGCACCUGAGAUAUCUACACAGGCAGUGGCCGAGGCCGAGAGUCUUUCUCUCGACCCGUCAAUCUGCAACAUCAUGGCCAAGCUUCCAGCUCACAGCGCACGGUUGACCAAGAAUCUUUCUACGCUGUUGGAACUGUCUGAUCCCGCUUCCUUGGACAUGAAUAAUACCGAAGAAGCCGUCAACGACGUGGAUGAGCGUUUGAAAGGCGCUGCAGUCAAAGCCAAGCUCAUUCAACGUGCCAUGGGAGAAAGUGAAGAGCCCUUGGACGCUCAAUCCGUCGCAACGGAUGUCCAAAAGCCUGGCGAUGGCACAGGCAGCAUCGAAGACAUUAGCUCACUGAGUAUUCGUCACUGA